GGGUUUCCGCUUCCACCUUCUCCCUCCUCUCGCUCGUCCUCCGGUAGCAGCCGCCAGCACAGUGUCCGCUGCUGUGCGGAGUGUCGGCGGAUCGGUCGGUUGGUUUCUGCUUCGGCGUCGCUGCGGUUUAGUUGGGCCGUCAUGGCUGAGUUGGAUCCAUUCGGCGCUCCCGCCGGUGCGCCCGGUGGCCCCGCGCUAGGGAACGGGGUGGCGGGCGCCGGCGAGGAAGACCCGGCCGCGGCCUUCUUGGCGCAGCAGGAGAGUGAGAUUGCGGGCAUCGAGAACGACGAGGCCUUCGCCAUCCUGGACGGCGGCGCUCCGGGUCCGCAGCCACACGGCGAGCCGCCGGGGGGUCCGGAUGCUAUUGAUGGAGUGAUGAAUGGUGAAUACUACCAGGAAAGCAAUGGUCCGACAGACAGUUACGCAGCCAUUUCAGAAGUGGAUCGAUUGCAGUCAGAGCCUGAAAGUAUCCGGAAGUGGAGAGAAGAGCAGACAGAGCGCCUGGAAGCCCUCGAUGCCAAUUCUCGAAAGCAAGAAGCGGAGUGGAAAGAAAAGGCGAUAAAGGAGCUGGAAGAGUGGUAUGCGCGGCAGGACGAACAGCUACAGAAGACAAAGGCCAACAACAGGGCAGCAGAAGAAGCCUUUGUAAACGACAUUGACGAGUCGUCCCCAGGCACUGAGUGGGAGCGGGUGGCCCGCCUGUGUGACUUUAACCCCAAGUCCAGCAAACAGGCCAAAGAUGUGUCUCGCAUGCGCUCAGUCCUCAUCUCCCUGAAGCAGGCCCCCCUGGUGCACUGAGGAGCCUCCCUGUGGAAGCACCAGGUCUGCUGUCUUAAUCCCACUCAGUGAGGGGCUAUUCACUCAAUUGGAUUAAUUAUGCUGAGUUCUUUUGGACCAAACCUUUUGUCUUUAGAGUUGAUCAUUGUUUGUGAUUGCAUGUUUCCUUCAACUGUGUUCUCCCUGGCAUUCAGAGAAGAGAGAGGAAGAGGAUGGGAGGGAAUCUCCCGGCAGCAGCCUCAGCCUGUGCUUUUGUGCAUUAUUCUGAGAAUAAAUUUCUGUUUCAAACAAUA